AUGGCCAUUAAAGAACUGGAAGAGGACAUUGGGAUAAUUCAAGCCAAACUGGAAAACGGUUUUGAUGCCACUUUGCUUGAGUUCCUAAAAGACAAAAAGGAUUCUCUGAGGUCCCUGCUGGAUGAACAGUUGACUCCAUCCACCAAGGAAGAACUCGACCUGCCACUAUCACUGGAGGAGCUCACUAGUGCUCUUGGGAGUUUAAAUCAGAACAAAGCCCCUGGGAUCGAUGGACUUCCCGUCGAAUUCUACAAGUCCUUUUGGAAUAUCUUGGCGUUGGCUCUUCGUCUGAGGACUGUCAUGAACUGCUUGGUGGCCUUCGAUCAGUCAUACUGUGUCCCUGAACGAUGUAUUUUUGAUAACAUUUUCUUUGUGCGGGAUUUGGUAUCUGCCUCUGAGAUUCUUGGGUUUAAGGUGGUGGCAUAUGCUGACGAUGUGACAGUUGUCAUCACUGAACCUGAUGAUGUUGUCCUGCUGCAGGACUGUUUACAGGUGUUUCAAACGGUGUCAUCUGCCAGGGUCAACUGGUCCAAAUUUCAGAUUAAAGCUUUCUGCCAACAAUACACCCAGCAAGUGACGAAGAGGAGUGUGGAUCAGAUGAAAAGCCUGGAGGAGGACAUCACUGAACUACACGCCACUCUUCAGAACAGUUCUGAUAAGGACAGCGUUGAGAUUUUAACAGCUAAGAAACAUUCACUGUCUCAGCGUCUGGAGUUGGAGGCUAAGGGAGCUUUAGUGAGGUCUCGCUUCCAGAAUCUCAAUCACCUGGACGCACCCACAAGGUUCUGUUUUAGUCUUGAAAAGAAGGAAGCACAGACAGUUGAAAUUCUCCCUGUCUGGAACUUGCGCAAGGAAAUCGCUUUGACCCUGACGUUUUCUGAAGUUAUUAAUGGAUUCUCUCAUGAAGAUCUCCUCAAGAUCACGGAGUACUACAAGCCCCAGCUGGCCUACGUGAUGAACUUCGACAUCAGCAGUGUCUUGCAGCUCCUAAUCAACAAGCGCAUCCUCACCAAUGAUGAGGCAAAGGUGGUGAAAGUCAAAGAACAGUCUGAGAGGACACCAGCGGUGGAGUCCUUCAUUGGUGAGGUGAUGAAGAAGGAUAGAGCAGUGCUGGUCAGCCUGUGGCAAGCGCUGGCUGAAGAAUUUGUGAGAUGUCCUUCAGUAAAUGUGAAAGGAAUCCUGGAUGAGGUGACCGAGUGGGGACCGGACCUCUUGAAGGAGAUCCAGUCCAGUGCCCAGUCACCUACCCUUGAGCCUCAAAUUAAAGACCUCCAUGAGAAACACAGACUUAGUAUGUCUGAAUCCACAAGACCCCUGGAUGAUCAGCGCCAAUUUGGAGAUCCACACACUAGUGCGGUGGGCCUUGAGACUCAAUACACAGAGCUGAUGGUCAUCAAACAGGACAUUAAAGACAAAUUGGCAAAGGCUGGGAAGACUCAGGAAAGACUUGAUGAAGUGGAAGCAACAAAGACCUGUGAGCGAGUCUGGACUGAGCAGCUGUUUAAGAGAAGACCUAAAAGUAAAACACCCCCUAAAAUCAUAGUGGUCAGUGGGGUGGUGGGCAUCGGAAAGACCACCAUGGUCCAGAAGAUCAUGUCUGACUGGGCCAGAGGCACUGAGUACCAGAGGUUUGCAUUUGUGUUCUUGUUUAAAUUCAGGGAGCUCAACCUCCUGGACGACGAGCCACAGAUGUCUUUGACCACACUGAUUGAAAGGCACUAUAAACAUCUCACUCAUGACAAACUAAUAGAAAUCCUGAAGAAACCUGAAUCUCUGCUCUUUAUACUUGAUGGACUGGAGGAAUACAAACACAAACUGGACUUUACAGACACACAGCUCUGCUCAAAGCCAGAUGAUGAGGUGCCUGUCCACAUCCUGGUCACCAGUCUGGUCAGUCAGACAUUACUGAAGGGCUGCUCAGUCCUGAUCACAAGCAGUCCAACAGCUCUGGAGUCUCUGGACAUGGAGAGAGUUGAUGGAUUUGUAGAACUUGUAGGAUUCUUACCUGAACAAAGACUGAUGUACUUUAAGAAGUUCUUUGGUGACGCUGCUCUGGGCACCAAGUAUUUCCAGUGCAUGGAGAGUAACACCAUCUUGUACUCCAUGUGCGCCAACCCCUCAUACUGCUGGAUUAUUUGCUCUGCACUGAAGAGCCACUUCAUGACACCUGAAAAGGAGCGAGGGGCUGCCCCCAGAACUGUCACUGAGACUUUUGUGAUGUUCCUUCACAACAUCCUGACCAAUCACAGGCAAGAAGCCGAGGACCAGAGGAGGAUUCUGAUCAGUCUGGGAAAGAUGGCUUAUUAUGGGGUGGAUAACCGGGUUCAUGUGUUUAAUGAGAAGCAAGAGAUGUCCACCUUUGGUCUCCAGCCAGUCCUAUCCUCUUUGUUCCUCUCUGGUUUUCUGCAAAGACAACACACUCUGGAGCACACGAUGUACACCUUCUACCAGUUCACCCUUCAGGAGUUCAUGGCCGCCUUCUCCUUCUACCUCGAUCCAUCAGGGGGUGUCGAGGAGCUGCUGAAGAAGCAAGACUUGUGUAAAGGGGGCCGAUUUGAGAUUGUCACUCGAUUCCUGGCAGGACUGGCUUGGUGUCCUGUGAUUAAAACACUGGAGGGAAUCCUGGGGGAGUUUGAGGGGACGACCACACAGCGGAUUCAGGAGUGGGUGAGGCAGAAAGCUAAACAGGCGCUGCAAUGGGGAGGUAAAAGUGAAGCUCUGCAAGUUUGUCACUGGCUCUAUGAGACUCAGAAUGAGGAGGUGAUCAGAGACGCCAUUAGGGAGAACUUAAACAUGAGCUUUAUCAGUAUGACUUUAUCUGCUCUGGACUGUGCUGUGCUGGCCUCUGUCAUCAGCUGCUGUGGAGAGCUUCAAGGACUUAACCUGUCAGACACACCUCUGACCCCCGAGUGCAUCAGGAGACUGGAAAAGGGAAUCAGCUGCUGCAGUAUAGUCUGGCUCCACUCAUGUGGUCUCACUGCCAGAUGUUGCUCAGCUCUCUCCUUCGCUCUCUCUGCUCCAAACUCACGGCUGACUGAACUGAUGCUGGACAACAACAACAACAUGGAGGAUUCAGGAGUGGAGCAGCUGUGUGAGGGACUCAGUAGUCCAAACUGUAAACUGAAGACACUGUGCCUGGUGUCAUGUGGUCUCACUGCCAGAUGUUGCUCAGCUCUCUCCUUCGCUCUCUCUGCUCCAAACUCAAGGCUGACCGAACUGAGGCUGGGCGGCAACAACAUGGAGGACUCGGGAGUGGAGCAGCUGUGUGAAGGACUCGGUAGUCCAAACUGUAAACUGGAGAAACUAAACCUUGUGUCAUGUGGUCUCACUGCCAGAUGUUGCUCAGCUCUCUCCUUCGCUCUCUCUGCUCCAAACUCAAGGCUGUCCGAACUGAGGCUGGGCUUCAACAACAACAUGGAGGACUCGGGAGUGGAGCAGCUGUGUGAGGGACUCAGUAGUCCAAACUGUAAACUGAAGACACUUUGGUGA